AUGUCCAACUUGACCAACUCUAGUUUGACCCAAUCUCUGGCCAACCGACCCGAGUGUGUGUCGGUCUCUGUGGCUUUCCCAGUCGCCAUGAUGUUGGCUGGGCUCCUGGGCAACACGUUGGCCCUGGCUCUGGUCUGCAGGUCCUACAAGAAGAAGGAGAACAAGAGGAAGAGGGCCUUCCUGAUGAUGCUGGGAGCCCUGGCGCUGACCGACCUGAUGGGCAAACUUCUCACCACCCCCAUAGUCAUCUCGGUCUACCUGGCCAACAGGAAGUGGGACUUGGUGGACCCGUCGCGGAACCUGUGCACUUUCUUCGGGGUGUGCAUGACCACGUUUGGGCUCUGCCCGCUCUUCCUAGCCAGCGCCAUGGCUGUCGAGCGGACGCUGGCAGUCCACGCCCCUCACUGGUACGCCAACCACUUCUGCUCCAGACUGACCAAGCUUGUGGUGCUGGCCAUCUGGGUGAGCGCGGGGCUGUUCGCCUCGCUGCCCGCCAUGGGGGUGGGCAGGUACACGCUGCAAUGGCCGGGGACCUGGUGCUUCAUCGACCUCAGCAGCCACGCCCUGGCUGACACCGUCUUUGCCUUCACCUUCACGGUGCUGGGCAUCACCUCGCUGCUCGUCACUUUCACCUGCAACGUGGCCACCAUCUGCGGGCUGGUCAACCGCUGCAGGAAGUUCACCUCCUCGUCUGCCCACCGCUGGGAACGAAUCACCACUGAGACAAUGGUCCAGCUGACGGGGAUCAUGUGUGUGCUUGGCGUGUGCUGGUUGCCUCUUCUGAUCCAGAUGGUCCAGAUGAUUCACAUGGAGAGCUCCUUGAUUCACUGCUACGCGUUCCCCCGGGACGAGGAGCAAGCUGAGGACGCCGGUCUGAGGGGGGAGUGUAACUUCCUGCUGACCACCAUCCGCCUGGCCUCGCUCAACCAGAUCCUGGACCCCUGGGUGUACCUGCUGCUCCGGGAGAUCCUCCUCAGGAAGGUGUGUCUGGUCGCCAGCGCCCUCACCCGUUGCUCGGUGGAGGGCUGCAAGGAGAUACCCGUCACCGUGGAGGUCAGAGCCCACCUCGCGCCCCCACCCGUCAAGGAUACCGGGUAACGGGCAGCGGCAGAGU